AUGUCUUCCUCCAAAAUAACUCAACACUUUCGUAAGACCGUUUUUCCAAUUCACUUCGUUAACCAUCGAGUACGAUGCCUUCAGUUGCCGAGUCUUAUGUUGAGGAACUUGAGACCUGACUUAUUUCAAUCAUCACUUUCGAGACCUUAUGCGAACUCUUCACCUUCUCCCCACACGUCUCCCGAAGAGUCUACAUCGUCCUCCUAUCUGAACAAAUUCACAAAAUACAUUGCAAAACGGCUUCCAACUGCUAUAUUGACGAACAUAAUUGUAACUGGCCUUGUUGGUCUUAUAUCAGUGGACCUUCUAUAUGCUUGGUACCGAAACGGAUGUAACGAACGUCUUCUCAACGAAACUGUGGAAAAGGGAACUCGACCUGAAAUUGAUGUUUUAAAUGAUGAGCUUGUUUCUCGACCUCUAGUUGUAGAUCGCCUUAAAAAAAUUUUUCAACCGCAUAGAAAUCAAUCAUUUUAUCACAUGGUUUGCGGUGAACAUGGAACUGGAAAAACUACAUUAACCAGGAUUGCAUCGAGAGAAGUUGGGCAGGGUGUCAUAUAUGUUGAUACUCCUGCUGAUAUUGAAGACUUUGGUAAAGCAUUUGGAAGAGCCCUUAACUUUGCGUUUGAGGAACAUAUUUCUUGGUCAGGACAACUGACGCGGAAAGUCUUGGGCGACACUAAUAAUAAAUUCGAGGAUCCCAAGUGGAAGAGAGCCAUGGAAGCCUUUAAACGUGCUUCUGCCAUGUACAAAAAGAAGCAUAAUAAACCAUCGGUUAUCGUUUACGAUAAUGUUAGCCGAUUGGUUCACAAAAAUCCGGAAAUCCUCGACAUCCUUCAAGAUGAUGCCAAGGAUAAUGCUGAUGAUAGAAAAUACAUCGCAGUUUUUGUCAGCAGUGAAGAAAGUAUUCCUAGAAGAAUGGAAUCACGUAGUGCCUGGUCACGUGCAAAAAAACCAGCGAUUGAAAUCGGUGACCUUAACGAAGAAGAAUCCAUGGAAUAUCUGACUAAGAAGCUCAAGAUCAAUGAAGUAGAAGCAAAAAAAUUAUAUGAGUUGGUUGGUGGUCGCAUUGUAGAGCUGAAGACUGCGACGACUGAUUUCUUGGCUGGACAAUCCUUCAAAGGCAGUUUUGAUAUCAAACAGCAAAUCUUAACGGAAGUUGAGAAUAAAUUCAGGACUGCGAAACUUCUUGAAAAUUAUAAAUAUCAUGAAGUAGGAAAACGUAUCGUCAGCGCUUUGCUUAAUUCCAAAGAGCUUAGCCGUAUUACAUUUGAGAAGUUUUUCAAUAAGCCUGAGGAAGCUAACGAAGUUUUGGAGACAAAUGUAUUUGCAUAUCAUCCAGAAAAUAAUACCGUAACCUUUCAGUCUCGCUCAGUAGAAUGUUAUAUUCGGGAAAAUGCUAGUAUAUUUAUUAAAUAG